UUCGGCGCAACUACAGACUAGGUGUAUCGGCAUCGCAUCUUGUUGACCCACUGGACCACUGCCACAUGCUUUAGUUAUUUUGCUUCAACUACCAGAAAUACCCCAUAUGUCUCAAACUAGCAUUUCCAUACAACAGAGUGGUUGUUGCCAACCUGUGAGUCCAAGCUUGACCGGAUUUCACUGGGCAUGUAUUUGCCUACAACAAACAAGAAAUAGGAUAGAUAUACCUGUCCUUGCUCAAAUACGUUCGAUACACCGGUUUACCCAUUUUUGGGCAAUGAUUGUCCUGCAUACCAUACCGUGCAUCACUUUUGGGAUCGACCUCGAGAGGUGUGGACGGUGAUAUGUCCGCCAGUUCAUCCGAGCUUCGCCUAGAGAUUAUUGGGUGAAACCAGGCAAAUGAAGCUCAAGAACCAUCGCGGACAGACUUCUUGCCGUGAACCCUGCUCCAUAAGGCUAGAGCAGAAUGUAAGAAACGAUGCACAUGCAAGCUGGGCGACUCUGUUGCGCGUCAACUUUGUUCUUCGCGGUCGCACAAAAAGCAUCCGUCAAAGAUUUUAUUUGUCGUUACUAUCGAUUUCAAUUCUCUUGUCUCUGCGUUACACGACCGGUCUAAUGUUGGACUGGUUGAUACUCAAAUGCUAACUGGAACGGGACCCACUUCGAGUAUGAAGGUUGCAUAUCAUUGCGACCCCCCUGGAAGAGGCGAAACGGCAGAACAGAUUCUAUUACAUUUUUCUCCCUAAGAAUAUGAAAAACUAAGUUGUUGGUCGAUAGCUAUACGAUCAUGGCAUCCCUAAAUAGACAGCUGAUUUUGAUGCGAAAUGCGCGACAGGCGGCUACUUUUGAUCCGUAUAGACUGACCUGCAUCCUCCAUAAGGGGUACAAGGACUCCCGGAAAGCGUUGUUUCAUUACCCUCUCUUGAAAUAUAUAUGCCAUUGCUGAUAGAGCUAUUAAUAGGGAGGAAACUGUCCAAAGGCGGCGAGAAGCCUUUUGGCGGGUGGAGCAGGCAACGGGUACAGAUGACCAGUCGAAGUUACCCGCAGCCUAUGCCAAUGCGGACCGUGAAUCAGUAUACCUACAAGGCGUUGAGGCAGGGACUGCCGCGUUUGUCGAUGGAAUUCGAUACAAUCACGACUUCUUUUAUGGCCUAGACCAGUAUUACACCCUCAGCAACGGCACGCCCUAUGGCCUUCAUUACAUGAUGUUUAUUCCGACUGUUGAACUACAGGGUUCGUCCGAGCAAAUUGAAUACUGGGUUCCACUGGCAAAACAGGGGAAGAUUUGUGGCUGUUACUGUCAGACGGAAUUGGCUCAUGGGACAUUUGUACGAGGUAUAGAGACGACAGCCACACUAGAUACUGAGAAGGACGAGUUCAUCAUCAACUCUCCAACGCUGACGUCCGCAAAAUUUUGGCCCGGAGCCAUGGCAUCGUCCUGUACCCAUGGAAUCCUUAUGGCUCGGCUGGUUAUUCGAGGGGAGGAUCAUGGCGUACACCCCUUCAUUGUGCCCCUUCGCAACGUUGACGGUUUUAAGCCCGUGCAAGGCGUUGAGUUUGGCGACUUGGGGAUGAAAAUGGGAUACAACGGCACGACGAAUGGUUAUGCUCUAUUCUCGGGCUUGCGCAUACCCCGAAACCACCUGCUCAUGGGCCACACCAAAGUACACAGGGACGGGACUUAUGUCCGUGCUCCACACGACAAAGCGGCGUACCUUACUAUGCUCCACGCUCGCUCCACCAUUGCUGCCGGAGCAGGAUUCAAGCUUGCUCAAGCAGCUACAAUCGCAACGCGAUAUUCAGUUGUGCGAGAACAGGGGGCAGGAAUCGGCGAUGGCCCCGAAAUGCCCAUCAUCCAUUACCGUUCUCAAAACUUUCGUCUCCUUACCAUCAUUGCGAGGUCAUAUGCUAUACAUUUCACGAGGAACACAUUGGAAUACUUGGAGAAAGAUCUGAAGCACAUAGCGUCAAACCAUGAUUAUACCUCAAUCCACCUGGACCAUGUUCUCUUAGCGGGAUUCAAGGCAUGGAACACACAAGUUGCUGCUGAUGGGGCAGAGGAUGCGAGAAAAAGCUGUGGAGGUCAUGGAUUCGUUUUGACCAGCGGGUUGCCAUCAAUUGUGGCUGAAGCCACAGCGCCGGCUACCUUUGAAGGAGAGAACUAUGUCAUGUAUCAGCAAGUCGGACGUUAUCUGCUUAAAUGCUGGAAGAAUCUUAAGCUGGGAAAUCCAAUAGAUUCCCGCCUGGGCAUUCUUCGGGAAGCAUUCACCCGGCUACAGACCACCCGGGGAAAGCAACAGUGUUGCAAAGCCUUCGGAACCGAGUUCCUAAACCCAGAUAUCCAAUGCACCAUCUUCAAACAUCGCGCGUUCCGAUUGCUACAUCAGUGCAGCGAAGAGCUCGAGAACGCUGAACAAAAAGGUCAAAGCGCCGUAGAUGCCUUCAACCAUAACCUAGUGGAAAUCAUCGCUGCAGCUCGCGCAUAUAUAGAACUCCUCGUUCUCCAAGAUUUCAUCAACAGCGUCGAACCCACCAGCGCCACUGACCCAGCCAUAUACGCAGCCCUUUCACGCCUUCGCUCCCUUUUCGCGCUCACGACCAUUACACACCCUCAGUCUUACGACGCGAUCUCAUUUGUGGAAGACCAGCAUCUAAACGCCAAGCAGAUGAGGGAUAUCCGAUGCUGCGUCAACGGCCUUCUCGACCAGCUUCUGCCGGAUGCCAUUGCGCUCACGGAUGCGUGGGAUUUCACGAAUGCGAGUUUGCGCUCCGCCAUUGGCCAGUAUGAUGGGAAUGCGUAUGAGACGCUGAUGUCAUGGACGAGGCAGAUGCCGAUAAAUAGGGGGAUGGAGCAAGCUGGGGGUACCUGUGAGGUGGCGUGGAACACAUGGAUUAAGCCAGCGCUCAGCCCGGAGUUAAGGGGGAAGUUGUGAGAAGUUUUACCUCCUCCCGCUGCCCAGGAGGGGGACUUGAUUCCCAUUUUUCUACUGUCUGCUAUAUUUAUAACGUUUAACUUAGUAUUUAUUCUCAAUUACUUUUGGGAUAAAGAAAAAUCCUAGAUCAUAUGAAACUGGUGACUCGAUUCUGCUUUACAUGGACGAAAAUUAUGGAUAUCCACGUAAUAAAAAUAAAAUUAGCACCUGCCACAACCCAGCAGAAAAUCCCUAUAUACGUAGAUGGAUAUAAGAAAAAUC